UGGAAAACUUUCAAUCGUCCUGAACACUUAAAGAAACACGUGAGGAUACAUACAGGUGAGAAACCUUAUAAAUGUGAAGUGUGUGGGAAAGCAUUCAGCCAAACAAGUACCUUAAACACACACAUGAGGACACAUACAGGUGAUAAACCUUAUAAAUGUGAUGUGUGUGGGAAGGCAUUCAAUCAGUUAGGCCACUUACACAUACACUUGAAGAAACGUACAAAUGACAAACCUCAUCAAUGUGAUUCAUGUGGGAAGUCAUUCUCUACCUCAGGUGAGCUAAAAGCGCAUAGUAGGACGCAUACAGGUGAUAAACCUUACAAAUGUGAUGUUUGUGGGAAAGCAUUUAGUCAUCCAGGUAACUGUCAGAGACACAUAAAGACACAUACAGCUGAGAAAUCUUAUAAAUGUGAAGUGUGUGAAAAGGCAUUCAAGGAACCAGGACCCUUACUGAGACACAUGCAGACACACUCAGGUAAAAUAUCUUACAAAUGUGGUAUAUGCGGGAAAUUAUUCAAGCAGUCAUAUACUUUACAGAUUCACAUGAGGAAUCACACAGGUGAGAAACCUUUUAAAUGUGAUAUGUGUGAAAAGGCAUUCUCUGCACCAGGAAUGGUACGGAGUCACAUGAGGAUACAUACAGGUGAAAAACCAUUUAAAUGUGAUAUGUGCGGGAAAGUAUUUGGGCAGCCGUGUACUUUACGGAUACACAGGAGAAUCCACACAGGAGAGAAACCUUUUAAGUGUGAUUUGUGUGAGAAGGCAUUCUCUGCAUCAGGAAAGUUGCAGAGUCACAUGAGGACACACACAGGGGAAAGACCUUUCAAAUGUUAUGUGUGCGGGAAAGAAUUUAGGCGUUCAUGUACUUUACAAAUACAUUUGAGGAUCCACACAGGUGAAAAACCUUAUAAAUGUGAAUUGUGUGAGAAGGCUUUCUCUGCAUCAGGAAGGCUACAGAGUCACAUGAGGACACAUACAGAUGAAAAGCCUUACAAAUGUGAUGUGUGUGGGAAAGCAUACAAACAAACAGGUCACUUGCAAAAACACAUCAGGAGUCAUUCGGUUGAUUAGCCUUUUAAAUGUGAUUUUGGGACAAGGCAUUCCCUAUAUUGGAAUACUUCUGGAAACACAUGUGGACACAAAGUGGUGAGAAACCUCGCAAAUGCGAUGUGUGUGGAAAAGGUUUCAUUGAAAAAUUUAAGUUAAUGGAACAUAAGUGAUAAACCUUUAUAUUGUAUAGUGUGUGGGAAGGCAUUCAGGCAUUCUAAGG